AUGCAGCUCAACGCAGGGAGUCCAUCCUUGGUGCUGAAUGGUAUCGAUGUCAAGAACGUCUUCAUAUCAUAUUGGUAUGCUUUUGUAAUGGAAAAGUCCGGAGGGCAUGCCUCUACGGCGGGGAGUCAUGGCUGGUUCAGGAGGUCGUUCGGCAGGCUCCGCGUCAAUCGAAGAGUCAAUGUUACUCAAAAGCAUAUCGCUCCUGGUGACAAGCCCCCAACUGAGAGCGAAGACCUCAAAGGGCCUCUAGGCCUUCAAUUGCUUCGUACCGUUCCAGAACCACUCGUCGACUUCAUAUUCAUCCACGGCCUCGGAGGAGGAUCUAGAAAAACAUGGUCCAAAUCACCAGACCCUUAUCAUUAUUGGCCCAAGGAAUGGUUAUCCCAAGACCCCGAAUUUGACAAAGUGCGUAUAUACAGCUUUGGAUAUAAAGCUGAUUGGGCCGAAACAACGGCCAGUGUUCUGAACAUCCAUGACUUUGCGCUGUCCCUUUUAGGAGAAAUCCAAUGCAAUCCGGACAUCCGUCGAAGCAAUUUACCUCAAUUUGUUGAGCUCACCAUCCCACAUGCAUAUAUACUAGCUCGAGAGGAUCCUACUCUGAAGGAAAUUGCAGCACGAAUACAUACAUUAUAUUUUCUUGCCACACCUCACCGGGGCUCCGAUCUUGCAAAGACCCUUGCAAAUGUCCUUAGAGUGUCGUUUGGGCCCAAGCCGUUCGUAUUAGAACUAGAACGUAAUUCUGACUCCAUUCAAUCGAUCAAUGACAGUUUUCGACAUGUUGCAGAUCACUUGCAAAUAUGGUCUUUUUAUGAGACUCUCCCAUGCAGCUUUAUGUUGACAAGCGCUAUUAUUGUUGACAAAACUUCGGCGACUCUGGGAUACUCCAGAGAGCGAUGCUCACUUCUAAAUGCGGACCAUAGAGGUGUAUGCAAGUUUGACAGUCCUACAGAUCCGAACUAUAUGACAGUCCGGAAUGCUUUUGUCACUACUAUCGAUUCAAUCGUCUCUCACGACUCCGAGAAUGCGAAGGUCGCCUUGAAAAUGUUGUCCAAGUUGACUGGCGUCAAUGAUGCACCGAAUAACAUCCGCCUGGCGCUGGUCGAGCUACGGGUUCCUGGAACCUGCGAAUGGCUAGCAUUGAGAAAGCAAUAUGCCUCGUGGAAAUCGGGCGAGUCCACUGAUCGGCCCAUCUUCUGGCUCACGGGUAACGCUGGCUCCGGGAAGUCAGUCAUCUCGAGCUCUGUAAUCGACGACUGUGAGAAAAGUAAUUCUCAAUGCAGCUAUUUCUUCUUCAAACAUGGGGAUGGAGAUAGGUCCACAGUCACUAAAUGCCUCUUAUCAUUUGCCUUUCAAAUGUGUCAAAUGAAUACGAAGAUCCUUGGACAACUUACAAAGGUGUCACCGGAUUCUGGCGCGUGGGAGCAAAUGGAUGAGCGGACAUUGUGGCGCGAGAUCUUCCAAGAGUUCAUCUUCAAGGAGUUGAAGUCUGACUUGUACUAUUGGGUUAUUGAUGCUCUCGACGAGUGUCCCAAACCGAGUAUUCUUGUUUCCUUACUCGCAGAAUCUCCUCCGUGGCUGCGAAUAUUUGUUACGAGUCGCAACGGGCCGAAAAUGUCUCGAUGCCAUCCAGCUCAUCAUCACGCCAUCGAGGAGUACACUUUACAGCCCCAAGACACGAUAAAUGACUUGAGAGUAUUUGUCAAUUCAAGGAUCCAGUACAUUCCUCUUGCAGUCGAUGACGGCCAAGGCAAUUUCCAAGCCAAAAUCCUUGAUAAGGCUAAUGGGUCUUUUCUAUGGUUAUCUCUCGUAAUUAGGGAGCUCGAGACCGCAUUCUCCGAGGAAAGCACAGAAAGGAUUAUCAAUGAAACGCCUAUGGAGAUGCACAACGUAUACGCGCGAAUAUUACAGAACAUACCUGUUCCGAACCAUAAUUUGGUUCGGUCCAUGUUUACCUGGACGUCGCUGGCAGUGAGGCCACUUUCCGUGGAUGAGCUGAAGCAUGCCAUCAAGAUUGACACCGGUGAAACCGUCCACAAAUUGGAAGAUGCUAUCAGCACCAUCUGUGGACAACUUAUUAGGGUUGGACGAGGAAAUGAAGUUCAAUGUGUCCACCAAACUGCAAGAGCAUUCCUAUUGGAGCAAGUGGAAUUCUCACCUUUUGUCAUAAACAAUUCUACAAGUCAGUUGAGACUUGCAGAGCUCUGUCUAAAGACAUUAAUCAGCUAUACUGCCAAUGAGCCCGGCAGGCGAGUAUUAAAGGCACCUGGUAUGCCAAUUACUGCAGAGAGCAACAUCGCUGACUACGCCGCAAUCCACUUCUCAGAACAUCUGAACUACAGCGCUAUAGAAACCCCCAGUAUAUGGGAUACACUCUUAGACUUCAUGGAGUGUACUGCGUUGUCCUGGAUUCAGUAUCUCGCUGAGACGGGAAGACUACAGCACGUCACGCAUACUGCCAAGAACCUAGCCUCAUACUUGGCAUGCAACACCAAAAAGAUACCAACAUCGAACGAGAAGAAGAAGCAGCUACGGAAGUGGAUACACGAUUUGCUCAGACUGAAUGCCAGAUUCCGGAUAGCUUUGGACACUUGCCCUUCAGCGAUCCAUCAGGUGAUUCCAGUACUCUGUCCUUCGGAGUCAAUGAUAUCAAGGCGGUAUACCUUGCGCCCUCGUGGUGUUGUUAUCAAAGGUCUUGAAGAAGAUGGCUGGAGUGAAUGCAUCGCUCGAAUUGAUUAUGACACGGCACGGACGACUGCAAUCGCCCAUGGUGAUAAUCAAUUUGCUGUUUCAUUGUCCGAUGGAACUAUUGCCCUUUAUUUUUGGCAUUCGCUAGAGAAGAAAGCCAUUAUCUCUCAUGAAGAGCGAGUGAUAAUACUGAAGUUCAGCGAUGACGGCCAAUAUCUGGCCUCCAGCGGCCCGCGCAGGAUCAGAGUCUGGGAUAUGCGGACCUUAAAACAAGUGCGGAGUUAUGAUGUACCACAUCAACCUUUGACCGUCACAUUUCGGGACAAUGGCAGAGGCUUAUUGGCGGCUACUCGAGGUAACUACACUGUGUCUUGGAUUAUUGAAGACAAGGAAAGCUUUGGAGACACUUGUCCAUGGACCCAGCGUUUCCAAGAAGUAACAGGACAGACCAAACCAACUUACCCUCCAGCAAUGGCUCUGCUGUCCAAUGAUGGCUCUUAUCUUGCGACCAGCUACAGAGGACGACCGGUAUAUGUCUUUGACAUGACGACAUCGUCUCCUGUUCGAGCCUGCUACAGGCAUGAUACUACGGCCAGAGAAUACGCUGUCGAUGGCAUGGCGUUCAACCGAAACCGUGAUGUCCUGAUAGUUUCGUACGGUGAUGGAGAGCUUGUAGUCUAUGAUGUGUGUACUGCUGAGUUAUGUUACCUCAGGCAGUCUGUCUAUGCUCAUACCCUCGCCUGUUCCCCAGAUGGCCGCAUCCUUGUUACCGGCAGCUCGCGUGGCACUAUAAAUGUUUUCGAAUUCACAGGGAAUCAAGGAACAAGUAUAGCCCUCAUACAUCGAAUCGAUUCGUCCGAGGACGGUAUCCGCGGGAUCUCAUUCAGUGCCGACAGUUUACAGUUCGCCGAUAUCCGUGGUUCGCAGUGCCGAGUUUGGGAGCCGGAAAUUCUGAUUGGGGGCGUGUACGACGAUGACAAUGCAAGCGACUCCAGUCAAGCAAGGACGCUGGAGACUACUUCAAGGGACGCGGAACAAGCUGCAAAAGCCCAAAUAACAGCCAUAUGCCCGCAUGCAGAUGGGAGGUACCUCUUCUGUGGGAAAGAAGAUGGAUCUGUCAUGUGCUUUGACGGACAGAUUAUGCGACACAAACAAAUUAGUCGGCACGCUCAGGGUAUUGGGAUAACAUGCAUGAAUUACUGCAAAAGAGGCGGGCUGCUUGUCACAGCAGACGAAUCCAGUCGCAUCCUUGUGUCCAAAAUAGAGCCCAGCUCGGAUGCAGAUGAGGUGAUCACUACUAUGAAAGAGUUUCGAUCUGGCGAGCCUGUAUUAGAUCUGCUGUUCAACACAAGCGGAACAAAGGUCUUGAUUGAAGGAAGGCACUGGGUCAAGGUUUGGACCUUGUUAGAUGACCAUAUUGACUUUCGUCUGAGCUUAGAUGACUUUGGCGGUGACCACGAAAUCAUUCAGCACCCUCAGCGUCUGGACUCUUUUUUGGUCAUAGGUGCCGGUCAAACCUAUAUGUAUACCUGGGAUCGUCCCGAAGAGACGAUUGGCGAAGAGUGUCUCGAGGACAUGCCAGCCAACGAUAAUGCAAAUAAUUGCAUGGCUCCGCAGCUUCACACUUUGAACAAAUUGGGGAGGCCAAUGAGUGCUAGGCAAUUCAUAGCUACCGUCGGCGAGAAAUAUGUAUCUAGAAAGGCUUCAUGUUCCAAGCUGAGGGUUUGGAAGGCAACUGAAAUCCACCCAGGGAACAAAUGGCCCAAUGAAUACCACCUUUCAGGCUUUGAGCAUAUAUCCAGCAGAAUACGCCAGAUCAUUGGCGUCUGUGGGUGCCUCAUCCUGUUUGUGGAUAGCGACUCCUGGGUCUGCAGUGUUGACUUGAAGGAAUGGAAUGCCAACAGACAGGGCGCAUGGCGGCAUUUUUACCUCUUAUCGGAGUGGAAAGGAAGCAACGAUAAGUUCCUCAUUGAGUAUUUGCCCGCCACCCGCGAAUUUAUGGUGGUACAGAGGCAUAAUGUGCUUGUUAUCAAGCGCGGACUCGAUGUUGCGGUGCCGUUGGAGUGA